AUGAAGGGAACCAAAUUACAGACACGUUUUCGUCAGCAAUCAUUUCAUCAUGCUGGCGUCGUGAUGUAUUUCAUUUGUGCGCAACUGAUGGUAUCCAUUGAUUCCACAGCUAUGGUGAACGCUGCGGCCGUUGGAGUGGCCGUCGAGGACAAAGUUACUUUACCGUCGAGAAACGAAGCGACAAACCCGUUAAAAGAACCGACGCCCAGCACUCUGCAAGGAGCGUUCUUAAGCGGCAACCUGACAGACGUCACCAAUGGUAGCACCAGCACCCCGCCGGCCGAGGUGUCCGACACGUCCACGACCGCGGCUGCGGCCGCUGAAACGGUUUGGAACGUGCAGACUGCUGCUGUGGCCACUCUGCCAGCCGAUGGACGCAACGUGUCGGCCAUGGCCACCAAACCGAAGCCGACCACCACUAAUAGACCACCGGAAAUGUGGACGGACGUCGUUUACACGAGCACCGAACAACCGUCGUCUUCGCAGUCAUUGUUGCUGUCGUCUCCGCCGUCUGUGGUCGACUCGACCACUCAAGAAGUGAUCGGUGGUGGAGAUUAUGGCCAUGACCUGAACAACAAGAAUCUUGUGGCCAACAUGCUGAAGAGCUGGUUUAACCACAAAGACGACCCUGCCACUCCCGAUGCGGCCACCAACAAGGGAUAUUAUACAAUGGCGACCAAAUAUGUGAUCAAAAACGGCGGUAGAGAGAAGGAAAGAGGACCAACGGGCAACGACAUUGAAGAAGAGGGGCCUGGUGUGGCCGCUGCACCGUCGUCCAAAGCGGUUACGGUGGCCGUCGUGGCCGGUAACAAGAGCUUGUUCGAGCGGUGGGACGAAGCCAGUGAGGAACAGGAACGCGUGUUGGAGGACGCUAUGCGUUCCGAAGGACCUGUGGGUGAUGCUGAAGGCGGAGGCAAUGGUGGUAGCUCAUCGUCGUCAGUGUUGGCCGCCGAUCAAAACACGCCCAGCCGGUGGUUCGUGUUACUGUUGUCUGGCAACUCGACCGUGGCGCAAAUGCGGCGCACCGAUUUCGCAAAGUACCUCAAGCUGAACCUCGCUGCCAGGCUGUCACUGGAAUACGACGAGGUCAAGAUCAACCGCGUGUUGGUCGUCCCUCCCCGACUCAUGGUCAACGUAAGCGUGGUACCCGUCUCUGAGCGGACCUUGUCAGCCGCUGCUGCGGCCGCUGUUGCCGCUGUUGCGUCAUCCUCGUUCUCGUCCUGGUCGCCGUCGGCCUCCGAUAAGACUGCAGCGGUCGUCUCCGAUCGAGUGGUCGAGGAUGACGACCCACUGCACAAUCUAGUCGAAACAAACGCUACGCUCAUGGAACUAUCGGGAGAAGAAUAUCGGGUGGAGAGAUUCAUGUCACUGAAAUCGCAAAAGCCACAAUCGAUGGAGGAGACAACGGCCGUGGUUAGUGACCGGCACGCGGACAUCGACUUCUUCAUAUACGCGACGGUGGGACCGUUGUGCUUCAUUGUCGUGCUCGGGUUCCUGUUGCUGACGCUGUACAAGUACGUGCGCAAACAUCCGGUCCAGUGGCCGUGGACACGUAAGUUCCGGCAGCCAUCGUUCUGGCCGGGCGGCGAACAUCAGCCCCGCCACCGACGGAUGACGGACGAGUGCGGCGGCAGCGGAUGCGACUUUGGAGCGUCGUCUUCGGCCGAUGACGCGACGUCCGGUGGUGGCGGUGGAUCGGUGAACGUCAUCUACUCAGGCGAGUUUGAACAGAGCCAACAGCAACAGCUGUCCGGUUCGUGGUUGGACGACGCCAGUUUCGUGCCCGACGACAGCCUGGACAGGAUACGCACACCCACGCUGCGGCGGACUGUCCCGCCCAAGAAUAAGACGUUCACGGACAUGCUACAGCAGUGUAGCGCCGGUGACGGCGAUGACACCGGCGUCGGUGCUGGUGCUGCGGGCAUCGGCGGAGGCGUCGACGGAGUCGCUGGCCAACAUCUUCACCGUCACCGGUCGUCACGCGAUGGACAGUGCGCGGCCGCGGUGCAUCACGCGCAGAGUCCGCGCCUCAGCCGGGACAACAAGCUGCGCAUAUUGGGAUGUAAACAGUCGUGUCUGCUGCUUCCCGCCGUACAACCGGUGGCCGCCGAAAAGACGACGACGACGACGACGACGACGAUGUCACCUCCACCGCCGCCGCCACCACCGCUGCCAUCGUUGUCGCCGACCCAAUCGUUGGCCGCACCGGUUGCAGGCGGCCGACAGCCCUGAACGCGCACCUGAUGAGCGACAUCAGAGUAUACAACAAGCGUGUAUACAGGGCGUUUUUAGAAUGUCGGUCGGAUAAGUGAUAACAGCUGGAUACGGUUCGUGGUUAAGUGCUCGUUUUUCCACACUCUCUUUGUUUACCGAAAAUUUACAAAACACGAAAAAUAUGUAUACAUAAAGAAGGGUUAGGGGUUAGCCGUUUUUGAUUCUUACACACACACACACACACACACACACACACACACACACAUACGCGAGAAACGUCUCGAAUAUAUUUUCAGUCGUCAGAGGACAAUAUUAUAAUAUUAUAUUUUAACAUAAUAAUAUUAAUUUUGUUGUUGUUUAGUA